AUGUCAUCUCCAUCUUCAGUUCCUCCCAACAAAAUGGCGAAUUUGCACAAGCUGCAGCGCGCCUGGACACUCUGGUACGAUAGCCCGUCUACGUACAACACUGAAAACUGGGAGAUGUCGUUGGUGCCCAUCAUGACCGUGCACUCCGUGGAGGAGUUCUUCGUCAUGCUCAGGUACAUGAAGCCUCUGCAUGCCUUGCGCACCUCCUCGCAGUACCACCUCUUCCAGGAAGGCGUUAAGCCGAUGUGGGAGGACCCGGCCAACAAGAAGGGCGGCAAGCUCUGGGUGAACCUUGAUAUCACCAGCGCCAAUGGUCGGAGCAGCAACAAUGCCAGCGGUACCGCGGCAGCCGAUGGCAGCGCGGCGGAGGCCAAGACGGACCUCGACAAGGCGUGGGAGAAUGUUCUGAUGGCCACCGUAGGCGAGUAUCUCGACUGUGUAGAAAAGAAGGACACAUCAGCGGAGCCGUUCGUGACGGGCAUUGUCAUGUCAAAGAGGAAGUACCACAACCGCCUCGCCGUGUGGGUGAGCGAUGCGUCCGCAACGGACAAGAUCGAGGCGCUAAAGAAGACGCUGACAAAGGAGGCGAGCCUGGCGCCGAUUGCAUCCAUUGUCUUCACAAAGCACGGCGAGGCGUCUUAA